AUGUCAAAUACCACCACUGGUGAUGGCACUGGCAGCUUCUCUUCGGGAGGUGGUGGAGAUGAAGUUCACUUAAACUCCUUAGCUUCAAGUACUAAUACUGCUACUAACAGCAAUGGCUCUACUACUAACCAACAACAACACCAGCAACCUCCACUCAAGAAGAAAAGAAAUCUGCCUGGAAAUCCAGACCCCAGUGCUGAAGUUGUUGCUCUAUCACCACAUACUCUUAUGACUACAAAUCGAUUUGUAUGUGAAAUUUGCAACAAAGGAUUCCAAAGGGACCAGAACCUUCAAUUGCAUCGGCGAGGCCAUAAUCUACCAUGGAAGCUAAAGCAAAGAUCAAGUACUGAAAUCCGAAAAAGGGUUUACGUUUGUCCAGAACCUUCAUGUGUUCAUCACAAUCCGGCUCGAGCAUUGGGUGAUCUUACAGGAAUAAAGAAGCAUUUUUGUCGAAAACACGGCGAAAAGAAAUGGAAAUGUGACAAAUGCUCAAAGAAAUAUGCAGUGCAAUCGGAUUGGAAAGCUCACGUAAAGACUUGUGGCACCAAGGAAUACAAAUGCGAUUGCGGAACCAUCUUCUCCAGGCGGGACAGCUUCAUUACUCAUAGGGCUUUCUGUGAUGCCCUAGCUGAAGAAAACAGCAAAGCAAAUCAAGGAUUAAUGCCCAACAUCGAACCAAACUUACAAGGCCAAAUCUCCAACCUCAUACCCUCCAUGGGAAUCAACAACAAUCCAAAUCAAUCUCCCAUGAUGUCUAACUUCAACCAUCUCGACACCAAAAACCCUUUGUCGUUACCUCAAGAACUCAUGCCAAUACCAACCAAACCACCCUCAUCAGGAAGCAUGUUUUCAAAUGGCACCACAGGCCUUUUUGGCAAUUCAAGAAGCAUGUCAUCAUCCCUUCAGUUGAAUGCGAAUUCAUCGGCGAUCUUUGAAGGAAAUGGGCUUCAUGAUUUAGCUGGCUCGGCAUCAAUGUCAGCAACGGCAUUGUUGCAAAAAGCAGCCCAAAUGGGUGCAACUGCAAGUGGUAAUAAUGUAAGCUCUCCCAUGAUGCAAAAGAGCUUUGUUACGAGCAUGGCACCCCCAACAUUUGGUACAAUGCAUACCCAAAAUGACCAAUCUGAUGUGAUAGGUGGUGAUGAUGGAUAUGCUAACCAGUUUUUCAACGCAAACGGUGGGGUUGAUCAGAACUCAGUACUGAGUGACAUGGGAAUGUUUAGUGCAGUUUUGGAUCAAAAUAAUGCAAUAUUGAAGACUAUGGAGCAUGCUAGGGGCAACAGUGACAACGUUUUUCACGGUGCAAAUUCAAAUCCCGGUUUAAGUAGUCCAACGAGUGGAGCUAAUCCAAGUGGUUUAUCAAGAUUUAGUGGGGAUGUGAUGACUGUAGAUUUCUUGGGGUUAGGAGGAUCUAGACAAAGGAAUCUUCAUGAACAACAUAAUCAUCAAGAAAUGGAAUUCACUAGAGGAAUUAGUCAUCCAAGAAUGCAAGGGUUGAACCACUUUGAGCAACAAGCAGCAGCAGCAGCACUAGAGAAACCCAUGUGGGAUGUUUGA